AUGCGAUUUUUGGCCUUUAUUGCCCCUGCUCUCUUUCCCUCUCUUCCCCCUCUCUCUCUCUCUCUCUCUCUCUCUCUCUCUCUAUCUAUCUAUCUAUCCCUCUCUAUCUCUUCCAACUCUCUCUCCUUCUACCUGAUUGAUCUCGUCUCUCUCUCUGUGUCUCAUUCUCUCUCACUUGAGAUCAAAGCUGUCUCUCUCUGUCUCUGUCUAUCUCUCUCUCACGCUCUCUCCUGCGGUCUUUGGCCUUCAUUGCCCUUCCAUUACUUCUACAACCUAUCUCUCUCUUUCUCUCUCUCUCUCUCUCUCUCUCUCUCUCUCUCUUCGCAUCUAUAUAUAUAUUGUGAAAAUGCAUGGCUUCUUUCUUUCCUUCUCUCUUUCUCUGAAUGUUUCUCUUUCUGUCACUCUCUCAUUGCCUCUCUUAAGGUACUCUCCUUAUUUCUCUUCUUUAAACUGCGUUUUGGUAUCUCACAUGUGUACACUUUAAAAUAUAUAUAUGAUUCCAGUAAACCCACAAAACAAGUUAUUUGA